AUAGUAGUGGAGACAAAAGAAGAAGAAAGGAAAAUUGAUGAUGGCUUCUUCUUUGAGGAUCUCAAGGCUGUUAUCUCGUUCUUUCUCUUCUGCUUCCACUACUUCUUUGUUUUCUAGAGGUGGGAGUGGUUCUUUGGGCACAGGGCAUAAAUACAGCACUGCUGCUGCUAUUGGAGAACCAAUUAAACCACCAGUUAAAGUAGAAAACACUCAGCUCUUAAUUGAUGGAAAAUUCGUUGAUGCGGCUUCUGGCAAAACUUUUCCAACGUUGGAUCCGAGAACAGGAGAUGUGAUUUCUCGUGUUGCUGAGGGUGACCAUGAAGAUGUUGAUCGAGCAGUUGCAGCUGCACGCAAAGCCUUUGAUCAUGGACCUUGGCCAAGGAUGACAGCCUAUGAAAGACAAAGGAUAUUGUUGCGUGCCGCUGAUCUGUUUGAAAAGCAUAAUGACGAGCUUGCUGCACUAGAGACUUGGGAUAAUGGCAAGCCAUAUGAACAAUCUGCUCAAAUUGAAAUUCCAAUGCUGGUUCGUCUAUUUCGAUACUAUGCUGGUUGGGCAGAUAAGAUUCAUGGUCUCACAGUUCCUGCUGAUGGGCCACAUCAUGUGCAAACAUUGCACGAACCAAUCGGUGUUGCUGGUCAGAUCAUCCCGUGGAACUUCCCUCUUCUCAUGUUUGCUUGGAAGGUUGGGCCAGCAUUGGCCUGUGGUAACACUGUUGUUCUUAAAACAGCUGAGCAGACUCCAUUAUCUGCUUUGUAUGUAUCCAAGUUACUACAUGAGGCUGGACUUCCUCCCGGUGUUCUGAAUGUAAUAUCUGGCUUUGGUCCAACAGCUGGUGCUGCUAUUGCUAGUCACAUGGACAUAGAUAAGCUUGCUUUUACUGGUUCAACUGAAACUGGAAAAGUUGUCCUUGAACUUGCGGCAAGAAGCAAUCUUAAGCCAGUAACUUUGGAGCUUGGUGGGAAAUCCCCUUUUAUUGUAAGCGAAGAUGCUGAUGUAGAUGAGGCUGUUGAGCUAGCACACUUUGCAUUGUUCUUUAAUCAGGGACAAUGCUGCUGUGCUGGGUCUAGAACAUUUGUACAUGAACGUGUGUACGACGAGUUUGUUGAGAAGGCGAAGGCACGUGCUUUGAAGCGUUCUGUUGGCGAUCCAUUCAAGCAGGGAAUAGAGCAAGGUCCUCAGAUUGAUUCAGAACAAUUGGAGAAAAUACUGAAGUAUAUUAGAACCGGUGUUGAAAGUGGAGCUACACUUGAAGCUGGUGGAGAGAGACUUGGCAACAAGGGCUUCUAUGUUCAGCCUACUGUCUUCUCAAAUGUUCAGGAUGGCAUGCUGAUUGCAAAGGAUGAGAUCUUUGGCCCAGUGCAAUCCAUAUUAAAAUUCAGGGACCUUGAUGAGGUAAUUAGAAGAGCAAAUAACACACCCUAUGGCCUUGCAGCAGGGGUGUUCACAAAAAACAUUGACACUGCUAACACUUUAGCUCGAGCAUUGCGAGUUGGAACAGUAUGGGUGAACAGCUUUGAUACAUUUGAUGCAGCAAUUCCCUUUGGAGGAUUCAAGAUGAGUGGACACGGAAAAGAAAAAGGAGAAUAUAGUCUUAGGAACUACUUGCAAGUGAAGGCUGUUGUUACAUCCUUGAAGAACCCUGCUUGGCUUUGAACAUCAAUAGCUUCUGCUCUUUUUUAUGAAAAAAUUAAUAAAUAGGCUCCAAUAAUAAGGAUGAUUAAAUCGUUAUUAUGAUAUCUGUCAUCAUUUGGAAAUGUUUAUUUUUUGGGGUGGGAUACUUGGAUAAUGUUAUUUUGCCCUUGCAUUUUAUGGGUAUCACAAAAUAAUACUCUAUUCUAAAAUUCAAUGUAGUGGUGGACUUCUAAAAAUAUUGAAUUCUUGUUGGCUCAGAAUGGAAUCAAAUUUGCAUAAUGAAUAAUGAUAGUCUAAGACCACCU